GCGAGCGCGGGUUGGUCAAAAGUAGGUUCGCGCGUGUCCGUAGCGAAGCUGAAAGGAGCCUAAAGUAGCUUCGCUCUGUCUUUUUGAGUUUGGCGCCUUCACGUUAUAAAGGAGAGCAUAUAUCUACUGAUUUGAGUAACGAUUUUUGAACUAUUUUUUUUGGUUCUUUGUUGUAGCUUGUUGAUAAAUGGAGAUGAAAAAAAGAAUCACAGUGGAGCUACGAAACCGAAAACCUAGUGAGGUGAAGGAGCUUGUUCUAGAUAAUUGCCGUUCAGAUGAUGGGAAGAUUGUGGGCCUUACUUCAGAAUUUGAGAACUUGGAGUUUCUCAGUAUGAUAAAUGCGAACUUGGCAUCAAUUUCCAACCUGCCAAAACUUGGCUCCUUGAAGAAGCUUGAGCUAAGCGAUAACCGGAUAUCUAAUGGCCUUGACGUUUUGGCUGAGAGGACUCCUAACUUGACUCAUUUAAACUUGAGUGGGAACAAGAUCAAAGACAUCAGUACUUUGGAACCCUUGAAAAAGCUAAAGAAUUUGGAGAGCUUGGACCUGUUUAACUGUGAAGUAACAAUGCUCAAUGAGUACAGGGAGAGUUUGUUUGAACUGCUUCCAAACCUUACAUACCUCGAUGGAUUUGAUGCCGAUGAUCAAGAGGCUCCUGACUCUGACCCAGAAGCUGAUGGUGAUGGACUUGAGGAGGAGGAUUAUGAUGAAAACGGUGAAGUAGAUGGAGAGGAGGAGGAAGAUGAAGAUGACUUGGAAGAACUGAGUGAUGAAGAGGAAGAUGAAGACCUUGGGGAGGAAGAGGAGGAAGGAGUUGAAGUAAGUCUGAAAACAGAAGUAGACUUGUAA